UGGAAUCAUCUCUGUAGAUUCUUCUUCGUUGGAGCUGGAAUGAUGGGAUGGCUACUUAUCUACCUAUCAAUUCCUGCAAAAAGUGUUCAAGAUGGUUCUUUGAGCCAAUCAAUGAUCCUCUACCAGUUAUUCUGUCUGCUAUACAUCCUGGACUAUUUUGUUCAUGAGGAGUACAUGACCUCCACCUGGGAUAUAAUUGCUGAGAGAUUGGGUUUCAUGUUGGUGUUUGGAGAUCUAGCGUGGAUUCCUUUCACGUUUAGCAUCCAGGGUUGGUGGCUUUUGAAUAACAAAGUGGAGCUGACAACAGCUGCUGCAGUAGCAAAUUGCUUUGCUUUUCUGAUCGGGUAUCUUGUAUUUAGAGGAGCCAACAACCAAAAACAUACAUUCAAAAAGAAUCCCAAAGCACUCAUAUGGGGUAAGCCUCCCAAGGUUACAGGAGGAAAGCUGCUUGCUUCUGGAUAUUGGGGAAUUGCAAGGCACUCUAAUUACCUUGGAGAUUUGUUGCUGGCCUUGUCCUUUAGUUUGUCUUGUGGAAUAAGUUCCCCCAUUCCAUACUUGUACCCUAUUUAUCUUUUCAUUCUGUUGGUGUGGAGAGAAAGGAGAGAUGAGGCCCGCUGUGCAGAGAAGUACAAAGAAAUAUGGGCAGAAUACUGGAAACUUGUUCCAUGGAGAAUAUUUCCAUAUUUGUAUAAGUAAUCACAAAAUGCUUGCUUGAAACCUAUUGUGAACAGGGAAAGAUCCAAAUUGAAUAUUGUUUUCUAUCUGCUCACUCCCCAAUAUUGUAAUUACCUAAUAAUAAUAAAAAUAAUAAUAAUUAUAAAGGCUAACCUUUCCUAGCAUAGUGACUUCAAGUAAAACUGUUCCCGAAUUUCAAAUUUUCAAUAACCUAAGCAUUUGACUUAACAAUAAGUGCAUAA